ACUAUUAUGAUGUUGGAUUCCUUAUUUUUAUCAAGUAGAGACUAAAAUGGCAAUUUAUUUUGUUAAUUGAUAGCUUUUUCCAUUUGAUCCUUUCUGUUCCCUUCAACUCCUAGUAAUUAGGUGGUUAUGAUGAUUAAUCUUCAGGGCUGAAAGCUGAAUUUUUGGCAGUGAGGCUGAGAUGGCCCAAGGCAGCUAUCUCCUACCCUGGAAAAGAGCUAAAAAGAGUGACAGUUUGUUCUUCUGGCAUGCUGUAGCAAUGGGAAGAUGGAUAAUCUAGAGGUGGUGGGCUCAGAAAGGGUGCUGUUUUAGAUGAUUAUAUAUAGCCAGAGUUCAUCAGGAGGGCUCUAAGCACUUUUGAGAUGGGGUGUCAUGGAUUCUGGGAGUUAUGAUAUGAGAAGGCACAAAAAAAAAAAGAAGUAGGAAAACUCCUCAAAAUAAAUCUUGAUUACUUUACUACUGAAAAUUAUCUCAGUGGUUCAUACCCAAGGAGUGAGGGAGGAAGUAUCCUUGUAGUCACAUUUCCUGCUAAUCUAGCUCCUGUAAAAGAUCACUGUGUGUGCCUUGUGAAACAGCUGAGCCACCCAUGUGUCUUCAAUUUAUGAUGUUGAUCCUACUCAGAUCUCUAGGGAUGUGUUGUAUAUUUCACUUCUUAUAAUGGCUAUUUCCUGCUAUUUCUAUGGCAGGACUUGGUAUACUCACUGUUAGAAAAGAAAACACUGAGUUUGAUGAGUGCAAUAGGAGAUAUUAUUACCCUUUCACUUCUGGUAAUGCUAAGCUGUUUCUAGUCUAUUUCCAUUUGUUAUCAAGUAUGGCUGUUGGAAGCUCCUCUCUCUGUGCCAAGGAUAAAGACUUUCUUUGGCUUUGUUUUUCAGAUGCUUUAACUUUUCCUGAGUAUUUUACAAAUAUUAAAUUUUAUAAAAUUUAUUUUACAUUCACUACUUUUAUUCCAUGGAAUAUAUUAUUGGAUAGUGGCAUGUAAAUCAAAAUUAUGAAAAAAAUAAUUAUUCUUUAAGUGAAACAAAGGAAUACACUAUAUUUCCUAAGAAAGUCACAAUCAAAUGUCUUUGCUACCAACAGAAUAGCAUUUCAGGAGUGAUUUAAAUCAUAUUUACAUAGUGCUUUUAAAGUGAUGAGGUCAAAUUUAGAUUGUGAUAGAUGCCUAGAAAUAGUUACCACAUGAUCAGUUUGAUAGAGGUAGAAGAUCCCGCAGGAUAGAUGACCUGCCCAACUUUACAGUAAGUAUGCCCCUUUUCACUCAAGGUUUUGGAAACUGGACUUUGAAAAAUGGAGCAUUAACUAAUUUGUUCAGUUCUGGAACCACAGAAACUGGCUUUAAAACUUCAAAGAUCUUGACUGGCUACCCUAAUUCCUAUGGUACACUUCUAAUUAGAGCUGUGGAAUUCUACCUCCUAGUCAAAGAGCAAAAGAUAAUUCUUCUAUUUUCAAAAUUUCUUUAAAGCACAACAACAGGGCAUUAGCUCAGGCUCUUAGUAGAGAGAAAGAGAAUUCUCGAAGACUCACAACUGAAAAGAUGCUAUUGCAAAAAGAAGUGAAGAAGCUGAAUUUUGAGAAUACGUUUCUUCGCCUAAAGAUAAAUAAUUUGAAUAAAAAGCUUAUAGAAAUAGAAACACUCAUGAACAAUAACUUGAUAACUGCUAUUGAAAUGAGCAGUCUCUCUGAGUUUCAUCAGAGUCCCUUUCUACUACCAGCUAGCCAGAAGAAACGUGUUAGUAAACAAUGCAAGUCAAUGCAUCUCCUGUUUGCAAGGGUUCCUUUAACUUCAAAUGAUGAUGAUGAUGAUGAUGAUGAUGAUGAAAUUAAAGAGAAAAUGCAGUGUGACAACAAUGUUAUAUCAAAGACAUCACCUGAUAUUCCCUCUUCAGUAUCAAUAAGACAAACUUCAUCAACUCAGCAAAAGUUGGAAUCAUUAUUUCUUAAAGAAAAUAAAAGUCAGGAUAUAUGUGGUUCAGAUAAUUCAGAACAUAUUUCUUCUAUUGUUGAUAUACUUCCCAAAGAAAGCCUUUCUCAUUCAGACCAAAGUUCCAAGAAUUCCCUAAUGAGUGAGAUGAAAAAUGUUCAGUCGAUAAACAACAGAAAGGAGAAACCAUCUCCAAGUAAUGUGACCGAAAGGAAGAAACGUGUGUCAACUUGGGAGUCAAAUAAUCCUUCUGCAGAUAUUCCCUUUGUGAUAGAUUUAGAUCAACAGCUGGUUUCAGGUUCAGAUUUAAAUUGGAGUAAUGAGAUAAAUGAUCAUACUAAUGAAGCAAAUAUUAAAAGACAAAUACCUCCUUGCCUUCCUGCUUCACCUGAGUGUAUGACUGAACCUGUUGCAGAGUGUGUGAAUAAAAUUCAGAGUAGCAAUGACUUUCAGUUGCAGAAAACUGUGUAUGAUGAAGACAUGGAUUUAACUGCUGGUGAACUAAGCAAAAUUAUUACAGUUUCAACAAAUACUAAAAAUAAAAGUAAUAAAAAAGCAAAUGAUUGUGUAUUGAAAACUUUCAGAAAAGUGAAAGAUUCAAGCUCUGAAAAAAAGAGAGAAAGAUCAAAGCAACAAUUUAAAAAUAGUUCAGAUGCAGAUGUUGAGGAAAAGAUUGAAAACAGACCAGAAAGAUCUGUUGUUCUGGAUGGCACAAGGGAUUCAGAAGAUAGAGAUUUAAUUUUCAGUACUGAACAAUUGACUCAGACGAACAUACUGAAGGAAAUAACACCUGAUAAUGUCUUUGAUCUAGAUGACAGACAAAGUACACAGUGUAAUAAAAAGAGAAGAAUUUAUGGAAUCAAUAAGCAAGAGGAAAUAUCUUCUUUUUCCCAAAGUUCGGAUAAAUUCCAGCAGGAGAGUGAAUUUGAUAUGACUCAGAUUUCCCUAACCUGUAAUAAAAGUAAAGCUUCUAGGCAGACGUUUGUGAUUCAUAAGUUAGAAAAAGGUAACUCCUUCCCAAACAAAAAGGAUAAGAAAAUCAUUUCUGAAAACCUAGAAGUUACAGAUGAAUUUCAAAUUGCUGGUCUUUCCACCAAGGAUAAUGGAAUUUUAUCUGAUUACAAGAUCCAGAAUAUGUUGGGUUUGAAAAAGCUUAUCACUGAUAAGCAAUAUGUUCAGCAAAAUGAAUCAAAAAUAAAUAAGCUUAAGCAGAAAGUAAAUCGGAAAACACAGAUAAUUUCAGAAAUGAACCACAUAUAUGAGAGUGUUAAUAAAGAUGAUCAUGGUCCAGAAAAAGGUAACUUUUUCUUCCAAACCCAAAAGGAUAAAGAAACCAUUUCUGGAAAGCUUGAUGUCUCAAAAGAGUUUCAAACGCCUGCUAUUUCCACCAGAGAUAAUGGAAACCUGUGUGAUUGUGAGACACAGAGUGUUUUGGGUUUGCAAAAGCAGAUCACUGAUAUAUAUCCUGUUCAGCAUAAUGAAUCAAAAGUAAAUAAGAAGCUUAGGCAGAAAAUAAAUCGGAAGACAGAAAUAAUUUCUGAAGUGAAUCAUACAGGUAAUGACAAAGGUGUGCAUAGCCCAGAAAAGGCUAAUAACUUUUUUUUACUAACCCAAAAGGAUAAAGACACCAUCUCUCAAGACCUAGAAGACUCAGAUGAGUUUCAGACACCUACUCUUUGUACCAAAGAUAGUGGAAACUUAUGUGAUUAUGGGACUCAAAAUGUUUUGGGUGUGAAAAAACAUUUCCAUGAUAGGCAACCUGUUUGUCAAAAUGAAUCAAACAUAGAUAAGAAGCUUCGGCAAAAGGUAUAUCGGAAGACAGAAGUAAUUUCGGAAAUGAACCAAAUAAAUGAGAAUGAUGACAAAGGCAUGCAUGACCUGGAAAAAGGUAACUUCUUUUCUCUAACACCAAAGGAUAAAAAAGCCAUUUCAGAAGACUUGAAAGUUACAAAUGAAUUGCAAAUAGCUAAUCUUUCCACCGAAGAUAAUGGAAAUUUAUAUGAUUGUGAGACCCAGAAUAUACUGGGUGUGGAAAAGCAUGUCACUGAUAUACAACCUGUUCAGCAAAAUGAAUCAAAAAUAAAUAAGAAACUUAGGCAGAAAGUAAACCGGAAGACACAGUUAAUUUCAGAAAUGAACCAAAUGUAUGAGGAUAAUGACAAAGAUGAGCAUGAUCUAGAAAGCAAUACAGGAGAUGUUGAUUUCAUAACAAGUAAACAAAGACUUGAAUGCCAAAGCAUUACUAGUGGAUACUGUUUGGAAAUCAACAGUAAUGAAAAGGAAAAUUGUGAUCAAACUUCAAAUCCUUACAAAUUAGUUAAAAAGCAUAGGAAAGAAUCCAGCAAGGCAAAGAAUGUUUUGGCAAAAGGUAAGAGCAAACCUAUUUUGCAGUUAAUAGAUUCUUCACAGAUUUCUGUCUGCUUAGAAUCAGAUCUAAAACAAAUUACUAGUGAGUCUCAUUUUGAUCCUGGAAACCAAAUUGAACUACAUAACAAUCGGAAGCAAAGCACUGCAACUCUGAAUAAAAAAAGGGGUAUCCCUUUUGUGGAAGUGGUAAAAGAAGGAAAGUGCAAGGUCAAAAAAGUAAAUAGAAUGAUAUCCAAAUCAAAGAAAAGGAAGACCUUCAUAGAUUCUCCUCCUGUCAGCUGUGAAAUAAUGGAGGCGAUAUCUGACAUUGUACAGGGAAAGUCAGCUGAAUCUGAAAAAAUUGAUAAAAAAAAUUUGGAGAAUGAGGAAAUUGUCACAAUUGAGCCAGACUUGUAUGCAAAUGUGUUUAAAUCUUUAUCUCAGAUAUAUUCACCUAAAAUACAGGAUUCCUCCUUUGACACUGUUUAUGAGAGUCCAGUACCUGUGAGUAGAAAUCUGAUAAUAAAAGAAAAUUUUGCCCCAAAGAACUCAUCAGUUUCUCAAGUAAGUGGUGACGUGCGUAAGAAGACAAGAGAGAUGAAAUUUAAAGUCAGCCAAAGAGUACAGAAAUCAAGAAUAGGGGACAGAAUACUACAAGACUUGACAAAUACCAGUGUUGUUUCAAAUCAUUCUCCUAAAUCUGAAAAUAAAUCAGAAGAUCCAUCUUCAGAGCAGCCAAUCAGAAGGAGGAAGUGUACUCCUCUCUCUUUAAAAGAACCAAGUCUCAAACAGAAAAUGAGAAGAUGAGGUGAAUUCCAAUUUUCUGAACCCCUCAAAGCAUAGAGUCAAAACAGGGAUAUAACUAGGAUCAAGAAGAUGAAAUGCUUGAAAAGUGUUUUGUUCAUUUUUCACCCUAUAAGGAACUGUUGAUUUGUCCAUUCUUGUAUUUAGGUAUAUGUGCAUAGUAUAGCUAUUUUGUAGUAAUCUGUUAAAAUUAUUUUGGUCAUCAUAUAACAACUUUCUGCUUAUUGAUACUUCUUUCUACUUUACAGGCUUUCGUCAAAGAAUACCUAUUAACCUUUUAACCAAAUAUUAAUAAAUACUUUUGCAUUGGU